AUGGAGAGCCCCGACUCUGCCAUUGGGCCUCUGGGAACUUCCGAGAAAACACACGGAGUCACUGAACCAUCAGCACUCACCGGAAAUGCCGAGACGCUUUACGGAGACCAGCACAAGAUUAUAAGCCAAUGGCACCAGCAACUGGACCAGCUUCGCCACAGUGACGGGGCUCAAGCAGAGGCCUUGGUAUCCCAAAUUGCAGAAAUUCUAGAAACCCAUGCUUGGAAGCAGGACUCACUUAUUUUGGCCUUCAAGAACAUAACGGAUGAGCUUCGCGACAAGCUCAGCUCCAACUUCCAGAGUGAGUUCGAGGAUAAUUUUCCCAAUGUUGAAGACGGGAUUAGUGAUGCAGUGAAGCGUCUUAUGACGGGAAGCCCUGGUGAUGGCGAUACACUUGGCCACGUGGUGGAAACCGGUCAAUGGGCGCGUAUACACCUCGCCCCGGAUGGCCCAUUACGCCCCAGCGACCCCACCGGUAAGAGACCGCUCUCCAACUCCCAGCCAUCUUCCCCUGUUGCCGGCGAUGUGAAAAGGGCGAGAACGCGACAACCAGAGGAGCAAGGGCACGAUGGCGACGAACAAACUGAGGGUGACACUGUAAUGGCAGGUGACACUAUAAUAACCGUUCUGCACCCCGAGGACACGCGCGAGACCGAGGCUGAGAGCGAAGGGGAAACCGGCCACCAACUUGAUCUCUAG